UGGCAGAUGUGACAUAACAGGGCUAUUUUAACUUUUCUCUUACCGUAAGAUACCUUCAUGUACCAAUCUUGCACACAUCUGUGUGUUCCUCGAUUCAUACGAGCAUUGUUAACUUUUUCAAGGUGAUUUAUAAUAGUUAAAAAUAAUCGUAGAAAUCGAAAAAUGUCAGCUGUGGAUGACAUUCUUGAAAGUUGGGAAGAAAUUGAAGAAUCAGAGGUGCUUGACAAAAAAUUGGAUGCCCUUCAGUUAAAUGCAGUAGAAGCAUUAGAAGAAAUAGAAUCUUCUAGUUUCAAGUCCAGUCACAAUACGGGUACCAGAAUGAUAAUGUUAGGAGAAGAUGGUAUGAGAUCUCAAUAUGUACCUCCAAAGCCAACAGUAAAAAUAUUAAAAAGACCUACAAGAGAUUCACAAGGUAGUGGCGAUGGACCAUUAGUGAACGGAGAUAAACCAAAACAACCAAUUAAAUCUUUAAAACAGAGGGAACAAGAAUACGCAGAAGCACGAAAAAGAAUAUUAGGCGAAGAAAAAAGUCCGGAAGAAAAAUUAAUGCAAGAAAUAAAUAAAAUUCAGCCAAAAUCAAUAACUCCAAGUAGCAGUGGGGUACCAAACAACGUUAUUCGUAUGCCUACUGGACCAGAUGGAACACGGGGAUUUAAUGUACGCAGGUAGCGCGUCUUCCAAGGCUCAACUCUUUCCACCCAUCUUUUUCCUCUUCUUCCUUCUUCUUAACAUAGGGAAGAGAGGCAGCUAUGAGGCUGAUGGCAGAAAAUCUAAUAUUUCUGCCCAAGUAUGAGCAUAGCGCUCUUACAAUUUUAAAUGGAGGAUACUCCGCGAGAACACAGCAGGACCACUGCUAUAGAUAGACUUUAUAAAAGAUCAAGAAUGUAAAUUGGUGAAACUGUCUUUACAGAAUUGGUACAGUAUAGUCAAUUUUGUUAAUAGGUUUAAAAAAAAUACUUAAUUGAGAUAAUUAAAAUCUACAAAUGUCAUAUUAAAACCUAUUUGUAAUAUGACAUAAAUUAAAUUAUUUUAUUUUCUAUAAUUGUAUAUACUUUUCUUG